AUGGACCGCCCGGAUGAGGGGCCUCCGGCCAAGACCCGCCGCCUCAGCGGCUCGGAGCCCCCUCAGCGCGAUCCGCCGCCGCCGCCUCCCCCGCCGCCGCCACCGCCGCUCCUGCGACUGCCUCUCCCUCCACCCCAGCAGCGCCCGAGGCUCCGCGAGGAAACCGAGGCGGCACAGGUGCUGGCUGAUAUGAGGAGGGUGGGACUGGGCCCCGCGCUGCCCCCACCGCCACCCUAUGUCAUUCUUGAGGAGGGGGGGAUCCGCGCGUACUUCACCCUGGGUGCUGGUGGUCCCGGCUGGGAUCCUGCGAUCGAGUCAGGGUAUGGGGAGUCGCCCCCUCCCACAGAGAGCCUGGAAACACUCCCCCCUUCCGAAGCCUCUGGGGGGAGCCUGGAAAUUGACUUUCAGGUUGCAGAGCCCAGCAGCCUUGCAGGAGAGAAGGCCCUAGAAACCUGUAGCUCAGGGGGGUGGGGGCCCCAGAUGUUAGUCGGUCCAAAGAGGAAGGAGGAGGCUGUCAUCAUAGUGGAAGAUGAGGAUGAGGAUGAAAAGGAAAGUGUGAGGAGGAGGAGGAGGCGGCGGCGGCGGAGGAAGCAGAGGAAGGUGAAGGAAAGCAAAGAGAGAAAUGCUGAGAGGAUGGAAAGCAUCCUGCAGGCACUGGAGAGCAUUCAAAUGGACCUGGAGGCAGUGAACAUCAAGGCAGGCAAGGCCUUCCUGCGUCUCAAGCGCAAGUUCAUCCAGAUGCGAAGACCCUUCCUGGAGCGCAGAGACCUGAUCAUUCAGCACAUCCCAGGCUUCUGGGUCAAAGCAUUCCUCAACCACCCCAGAAUUUCAAUCUUGAUCAACCAACGAGAUGAAGACAUUUUCCGCUACUUGACCAAUCUUCAGGUACAGGAUCUCAGACAUAUCUCCAUGGGCUACAAAAUGAAGCUAUACUUCCAGACAAACCCUUACUUUACAAACAUGGUGAUCGUCAAGGAGUUCCAGCGCAACCGCUCGGGCCGGCUGGUGUCUCACUCCACCCCUAUUCGCUGGCACCGGGGCCAGGAACCCCAGGCCCACAAUCGCAGGAACCAGGACACCAGCCACAGCUUCUUCAGCUGGUUCUCAAACCACAGCCUCCCAGAAGCUGACAGAAUUGCUGAGAUUAUCAAGAAUGACCUGUGGGUUAACCCUCUACGCUACUACAUGAGAGAAGGGGGCUACAGGGCAAACAGAAAGAAGCAAGAAGAGAAGGAAAGUAAAGCCAAGGAUGAAUUUGAGAUGGUGAUCAUGGAAGACGCUAAUGACUAUUAUGCCAUGGGAGACGUUCUCAGCGAGAUCUCAGACAUUGAUGAGACCACUGACAAUGAGACUAUUCAUGACAUCAAGAUUUCUGACUUCAUGGAAACCACCGACUACUUCGAGACCACUGACAAUGAGAUAACUGACAUCAAUGAGAGCCUGUGUGACAGUGAGAGCCCUAACCACAUUGAGAACCCCAACAAUGAGAUCGCUGACAGUAGUGAGAGUGCUGAUGAUGAGACCACUUACAACAAGAGUACUGAUGACAAUGAGAGCACUGACGACAAAAAUGAGAAUCCUGAAAACAAUGAGAAUCCCAACAAGAGUGUUGAUAGUGACAACAAGAACCUGGACAGUGACAACCGAGGCAUCAGUGGCAACCUUGCCAUCAGUGCCAACAACCAGGACACCAGUGAUAGUGACAACGGAGAUGAGGGCAGUGAUGAUGAAGAUAAUGAUGGCAAUGAAGGUGACAAUGAGGGUAGUGAUGAUGAUGGCAACGAGGGUGACAAUGAGGGAAGUGAUGAUGACGACAGAGACAUUGACUACUACAAGAAUGAUAUUAACAUCUUUGACAAGGAUCAGGAUAACAGCUCCAACCAGGAUGACUACGAGGAUGAGGUAGAGAUCAUCUCUGAAGACUCAGUGGAAGAAGAGGAGGAGGAGGGCAGUGAGGAAGGCAGUGAGCAAAGCGAAGACAGCUAUGAGGAGGAAGGAAGUGAAAUCGAUUCAGAAGAUUCUGACAUUGAGGAGGUGCUUCAAGUCCCAAACGCUUGGGCCAACCCGGGGAAGAGGGGGAAAACCGGAUAAACAUCUUACCCUUUUGGGGGGUCUCUUCUCUGUGUCCCCCUCCUCCUGUCCCGUUUCCCACCCCCUCAGCUAGGGCCAUGCGGCUCCACAUUGCACUUCUGGGGGGUGACCGACUUCGUACACGGGUUUAAAGUUUAUUUUUAUGGUUUAGUAAUUGCAGAGUUCUUAUUUUGGGAGGGGGGAAGGGAGAUUCUCCCCCUUUUUGGCCCUCCUCCUCCCGCAGGCUUCUGUGUGCUGCUAAACGUAUUUAUUGUGAUGCCUUGGUCAGGGCCCCUCUAGCCCCCUUCUCCUUGUUAGUGUUGGCCCCAGCCCCUCUUCCUGUGGAGUGGACACCCUGAUCCCAAAGCGGAGAGGGUCCUUGUGGCCUUCAUCGCAGCUGUGCAGUAGCCUUGAAGGCUCUGUUGCCACCCUGUUCUACCAAGUCUCUCUCUUUCCAUCCUUUUCUUCUUCCCUCCCCCCUCACCGUGCCGCUAGCCCGCCUAGGUGUCUAUGCAAGGCCGCUUUGCCAUUGCGGUAUUCCUGUCCCCGCUCCCCCAGAAGUCCCGCCUCUUUUCCCUGUGAACCCUGAUGAUCCUAA